AUGUAUCCAGUCCUUAUGUAUUGUGGUGCAGCAUCUAUCUGUGGUUUGAUUAUUGGGGGAUGUAGUGGAUUUGCAGUUGAAGCGAUCACUUCCGCCAUGAUCAAUGCAACUUGGGGAAAACAACACGAUGAUAACUUUAGUACAAUAAAUAGUAUGGAUGAAAUGGAAGAGGAUGAAUCUAUGUCACCUACAUCUUCAUUGUAUCGAUUUUCAAUUUCAUCUGACACCUUUUCAAGUCCUUCUUCCUUUUAUGAUGACAAGCCCGAUGAUUGGCAUGGUGAUGAAGAUCCUGAAGAAAUAGCCUCCUUUUUACGACAAAGAAGGAGAUUUCAACAAGACUUCAAUCCAUUUUUAUUAUAGACUAUUUAUUUUAUGUAUUAUUCUAUACUAAACUAUAUUAUUAUUAUUAAUAAAAUGAAG